CGUACUAGGUUUUGAGACACAGACACGCCAGUGAAAGCGAUGAUGACGCCUCCAGUGACGCUUUGAAUGAGCUUUUACACGCUCCGCACGACAUCUCCCAUUUAAGAUGAAGGCUGUUUUGAUAGCUGCGACAGUUCUUUUUCACUGUUUGGGUCAGAGGUGUAUCCUUGGGCAGGAACCGCUUUGCCAAUCUCACUCAUCAUGUUCUGAAUGUAUAAGGAGUCCUAGCUGUGCGUGGUGCACACAGACAGACUUCCUGAAACCAGGUGAGUCAAAUGAACGGCGAUGUGAUUCUGUCGAGUCUCUGAAGAACAGGAAAUGUAAAGCGGAUCAUGUGAUCAACCCUGUAAAACAUCCUUUGACCAAUGUGAAAAACAGUGACCUUAGCGACGAUGUUCACAACGUGGUCCAACUCAAACCUCAGAAUGUCAACAUUACACUCAGAGUUGGAGUUCCAUUUGAAUUCACAGUUGAGUUUAAGAGGGCUCAAGGUUACCCUAUAGAUCUGUACUACCUGAUGGAUCUGAGCUAUUCCAUGAAAGAUGAUCUGGAGCAAAUUAAAACCUUGGGGCAGAAAAUCCUCAAGAAGCUGAAGGACAUCACACAGACCGUCCGGAUUGGUUUCGGGUCUUUUGUUGAUAAGGAGAUGUUGCCGUAUGUCAGUCAGGUGAAGGCAAGACGUCAGAACCCCUGCCCCAAUCGCAUAGAUACCUGCCAACCGGCUUUCAGUUUUAAGAAUGUCCUGCCUCUGACUGACGAUGCCAGCGAGUUUGAACGAGAAGUUAGCAAACAGAAGAUCUCUGGCAACCUGGAUGCUCCUGAGGCUGGUUUGGAUGCCAUCAUGCAGGCUGCGGUCUGUAAGGAUAAGAUCAAGUGGGGUAAUGUGACACGGAUUUUGGUUUAUACGUCUGAUGAUACUUUCCACAUGGCAGGAGAUGGACGACUAGGUGGGGUCUUUCAGCCACAUAAUGGACAGUGUCUUCUUAAUGUUAAUGGUUCCUAUAAUGGAAAAGCCUAUGAUUACCCAUCAGUGGGUCAUGUAUCUAGAGUUCUGCAGGACAACAACAUUCAGCUCAUAUUUGCUGUGACUGAGGAUAUCUAUCCAGCAUAUAAGGCACUGAGUGCAUUGAUUCCUCAGUCAGUGGUUGGUGUAUUAAAGAAUGACUCCAGUAAUGUUGUGGAUCUCAUCUCUGAAGCCUAUGGGAAUUUGUCGUCCACACUGGUGUUAGAGCAGGAAGGAGCACCAAAAGAAUUAGACGUGUCCUACUGGUCUACAUGUAAGGGGAAUAAGGCAGAUAUUGAAUGGAAGGAGAAAGGAGAGUGUCAAGGCAUCAAGCAUGAGAAGAUUGCAUUCAAAGUACGUUUGAAUGCGUCUGAAUGUCUGAAGGAGCCUCAGACAUUUCGGAUCAAAAUGCAAGGUAUCAAUGAGGAGGUGAAGAUCACAGUGCAUACAGAGUGCCACUGUGACUGUGGUGCUUCAGAGAAGGCCGCCACAUACUGUAGCGGUAAAGGAACUCUCUCGUGCGGCUUGUGCAGCUGUGAUGACAGGUUUUUGGGUCAGCAAUGUCAGUGUGCGCAACAGAGUGACAAAGACUCUAUCGCCAGUAUGCUGGCGUCCUGUCGGCUUGACAACAGCUCGCGGGUUUGCAGUGGACAUGGCACCUGUGUGUGUGGCAAGUGUGAGUGUCGAGGCAAGCUCAAGGGGAAAUUCUGUGAAUGUGAUGACAAUAAUUGUGAACGCCAUAAUAGCAUUCUCUGUAAUGGUAAAGGUGAAUGUCAGUGUGGAAAAUGUAACUGUACUGAAAACUACACGGGGUCUGCAUGCGAGUGUUCGCCUAGCCAAGACAACUGUACGAAUGACAAAGGGCUUUGCAGCGGUCAAGGCAAAUGCACUUGCAACCAUUGUCAGUGUAACGAAGGCUUCACGGGAAACCACUGCUCUGAAUUCAUUAAUGCUUGCACGAAGAUGAAGGACUGUGUGGCAUGUCAUGUACAAACUCCUGAUAUAGAAGGCUGUGCUGUAAGAUGUUUUAAUGCUAAAGUAAUUCGUCUUGAGGGCUAUCAUGAGCUGCAUUGCACAUAUGCAGACACCACUUCAUACGAUGUAAAGCUUGGUUUUAACGGCACAAUUGAACUUCAAUAUGCAGACUUGCCACGUUCUGUUGAUAAGACCACGCUUAUUAUUGGCAUCUCUGUGUCAAGCAUAAUUUUUAUUGGCAUUAUAAUAAUCAUUAUUUACCGUUGCCUGCUGGAGCUGUACGACAUUAGAGAAUACCAGAACUUUGUCAGAGCACAGAAAAUGACUGAGUGGAAAGAGGUCCAGAAUCCUCUUUUCAAAGGUGCCACGACAACGGUGUAUAACCCUUUGCAUGACAUUGAGGACAAAGAAAAGGAACAUUCUGAGUUGGAUUAAUUUAAAGAAAGAGACGAUCUCUAGGAAUUUGCUAUUGUAAUAUCUACUUUUUGCAUUUUUUAUUGUACCAUCUUCAUAAAAAUACAUGAUUACAUGAUUGUUGUAAAUAUCGGAAUGUAUUUUAUGCAUAUUAAUAUAUAUGAUGAACACAAAGGCUUUUUCUCUUAUAAAUAAAUAGAGCUAUUCAGGUUGAUAAGCGGAACAACUCUACCAAAGAGAAUUGCCAUGUUCAGACCACAAGUUUCUCAGGAAUGUACUUUUAUGAGUAAAAUAAAGUGUUUAACAUUAGCUCAUUUGCUAAAUAAAACCACAUUGCUGUGUUUUUAGUCCUUAUAUAGCAGAUUUACAGCUUACAUGAUUUUAUUUUUUAUUUUUUUAAACAGUGACUUCAUGUUAUGUUUGAGGUAUGACAUCUUUAUUCCAGAACAUUUAAUAUUGCAAUCAUUUAGCUUUUGCUUCAAUAAUAAA